AUGUCAAUGCAACGCAUUGUUCGCGUCGGCAGUGCGCUGGCCAAGGCGGCGGCGCCUCCGGCUGGAUCGAGGCGAUUUUCCCAAUUCAUUGGUGGGGGCGUAGAUACCUCGAGCAACACUGUGACGUCGCGAACCAACGAAUCCAUCGUGUUCCAGUCCAAUUCCACGUGGCCUUGGUACGCUGGCAAGGGAGCUGCCAUCCAGGUGUAUGCAGCGGCGGCAUUCACGGCUCAAAUCUUGUAUACACUACCGGAUGGUGCGACCAACUUAGAGAUCUUCGCAUCGGCUGGGCCAAUGGUCAGUGCUUCAGCAUUUCUCUUCUACGGCACCAAGUACUUGUGCGAGCGAGUUGUGAAGUCGGUGGCGGUGUGCCGCACCAUCGGGCAACGUGAUGAGUUUAUGAAGGUCACGGUCGACGGCGUCUUUGUCCCCAAGUCGUUCCACGUACUUCCUCGCGACGUGAAGCUCCUUUCGAAGGACGAAAGUGGAAUGUACACUUUCAAAAUUCAGCGCACGACGUUUUGGUUGGACUCGUCAAAGGCGGCGAAGCUGGAGGCCAAGAGCCUCGAUAUUUUGCUCAGUGGCAAACCGCUGCUAGUGCGCCACGACAAGCAGUCCAAGCAACUUCGUCGUGCCAAGUAGAAGCUCCAUAAACAAACGUUUUCACUGCCUCAACACUCUUUUAUUCGU